AAUGAGUACUUUAGAGGCACCUGCCCCGGAACACUGUCCUGGAACCGGAACUGAACUAUCAGGGAAAGUUGACGCAUGUCAGGGAUGUCCAAAUCAAAAUAUCUGUGCUUCAGCUGGCCCGGCAGUCCCUGAUCCUGAUAUUGCAACUAUUGCAGAGAGGUUAGCAGAUGUCAAGCACAAGGUUCUGGUGUUAUCUGGUAAGGGUGGGGUUGGAAAAUCCACUGUGACAGCAAACCUAGCGAGAUGUUUAGCCACUAAACCAGAUCUUAACAUUGGUAUAUUAGAUAUUGAUCUAUGUGGUCCUAGCCAGCCCCGGAUACUUGGUUGUGAGGGGGAGGGAGUUCAUCAGUCUGGAUCCGGUUGGUCGCCAAUAUUUAUAGAUGAUAAUCUGAGUGUGAUGUCUGCUGGUUUCCUUCUACCCUCUCCAGAUGCUGCAGUUAUAUGGAGAGGUCCGAAGAAAAAUGGUUUGAUCAAACAGCUUCUUAGAGAUGUGGAUUGGGGUGGGUUAGAUCUACUGUUGGUAGACACGCCUCCAGGUACAAGUGACGAGCAUCUGUCUAUUACUCAAUAUCUGUCAGCUUCUGGGAUAGAUGGAGCUGUCAUUGUUACAACUCCACAGGAGAUCAGUCUUCAGGAUGUGAGAAAGGAAAUCAACUUUUGUAAGAAAAUUAAUCUUCCUGUUCUCGGUAUAAUAGAGAACAUGUCCUUGUUCACCUGCCCCAAGUGUAAUGUUAGUUCAGUAAUACUACCCAGCAGUACAGGAGGCGCAGAUAAAUUAACAGCAGACACAGGAGUCCCGCUGUUGGGUCGUCUACCCCUGGAUCCUGUAGUUGGUAGAACCUGUGACGAGGGAACUAGUCUCUUCUCUGAGUAUCCUAACUCUAGGGUAGCUGCAGAGUACAGGAAUAUCACCCAGUCUCUGGCAACCAUCAUCAAAUUGUAACUUUCUGUGAUAUUUUUUAUACAUUUUAUUUGUAGGGUAAAAACUUUUUUCAAGUUAAAAAUGGCGACUUUAGAGAAGUUGGUGAGAACAGUGGAAGCUCUAAAACUUCAUCAAACCCCCUCAAUGUCAUUUGAUGAAACAAUGACG